CUCAGACUCUGUAAUUCUGUCUCUCUCCCUCUGUCUCCCUGAGUCUCCCUGGAGUGGUCCCAGCCAGGCUGAGGGCAGCAGGCUGGUGAUAGGCGGUGGCGCUGACAGGAGGAGGAGCCUAGAACUCCGGGUCCAACCCGCCCUCUGCUAUAAGCCUCUUUGCAGCUUUCUCUCUCCAUCUCUUCUCCUCCUCCUCUCUCUCUCUUUCUCUUUCUCUCUCUCCCUCUCUCCCUCCCUCCCUGAGCGUCCCUGUAACUGAACAGUGAAAAUUCACAUUGUGGAUCCGAUAACAGGCGCAGAUGUCAUGUGAAAACGCACAUGUUCUGCCAUCCACACAGCCUUCCUUUCUUUCCUGCCCCCCCUCCUUUUUUGCUCCUUUCCCCUCUUCUUUGUAACUAACCAAACCACCACCAACUCCUCCUCCUUCUCCUCCUCCUCCUCAGUCCAAGUGAUCACAAAAGAAAUCUUCUGAACCGGUGGUGGCAUUUUUUUUUUUAAACAAAUACAUUGGAGAGAAAGACAACAAAAACAAAACAAGCCCGGGCACCAAUCAGGCAACAUAUUUUCACCCUUCCUGGGAAAAAAAAUAACAACAACAAACAACAACAAAACCCCACCUGACCAAAUAGUCACCACUACCACCAUCAUUAUCAUCAUCACCAUUAUCAUCAAAACCAGUUAAGACAGCAGAGGCCUCAAUAGCCACACAGCAGCCAACACCAACAACCGGCAACAAUAACAGCCUGGGAGGGAUGGUUUUCUCGGCAGAACAGAUCUUCGGCUGCAGCCUCCACUCGUGCUGAGAGGGGAUUUUUGUGCUUUCCGAGGUGCGGGCUGGUAGCAGCUUCAUGACUGCGCUGAGUGAGCUAUCGGCAACACCAUGCGAGCACAAAUUGAAGUGAUACCAUGCAAAAUUUGUGGCGAUAAGUCCUCUGGAAUCCACUACGGAGUUAUCACAUGUGAAGGCUGCAAGGGAUUCUUUCGAAGGAGCCAGCAGAACAAUGCUUCUUACUCCUGCCCAAGGCAGAGAAACUGUUUAAUUGACAGAACGAACAGAAACCGAUGCCAACAUUGCCGGCUGCAGAAGUGUCUUGCCCUAGGAAUGUCUCGAGAUGCUGUCAAAUUCGGGAGGAUGUCCAAGAAGCAGAGGGACAGCCUGUACGCAGAAGUACAGAAGCAUCAGCAACGGCUUCAGGAACAGAGGCAGCAGCAGAAUGGGGAGGCAGAGGCCCUUGCCAGGGUCUACAGCAGCAGCAUCAGCAAUGGCCUGAACAACCUGAAUAACGAGACAGGAGGCACCUACUCCAAUGGGCAUGUCAUUGACCUGCCAAAGUCCGAGGGUUAUUAUAACGUGGAUUCAGGCCAGCCAUCCCCAGAUCAGUCAGGACUGGACAUGACUGGAAUCAAACAGAUAAAGCAAGAACCUAUCUAUGACCUCACUUCUGUACCCAACUUGUUUACCUAUAGCUCUUUCAACAAUGGGCAGUUAGCACCAGGGAUAACCAUGACUGAAAUAGAUCGAAUUGCACAGAACAUCAUUAAGUCCCAUUUGGAGACGUGUCAAUACACCAUGGAGGAACUACACCAGCUAGCCUGGCAGACUCACACGUAUGAAGAAAUUAAGGCAUAUCAGAGCAAGACCAGAGAGGCAUUGUGGCAACAGUGUGCUGUUCAGAUCACUCACGCAAUCCAAUACGUGGUGGAGUUUGCGAAGAGGAUCACAGGUUUCAUGGAGCUCUGUCAAAAUGAUCAGAUUCUCCUCCUGAAGUCAGGUUGCUUGGAAGUGGUUUUAGUGAGAAUGUGUCGUGCCUUCAACCCAUUAAACAACACUGUUCUGUUUGAAGGAAAGUAUGGAGGAAUGCAAAUGUUCAAAGCCUUAGGUUCCGAUGACCUGGUGAAUGAAGCAUUUGACUUUGCAAAGAAUUUAUGUUCCCUGCAGCUGACCGAGGAAGAGAUUGCCUUGUUCUCAUCUGCUGUGCUAAUAUCUCCAGACCGAGCCUGGCUGAUAGAACCUCGGAAGGUCCAGAAGCUUCAGGAGAAGAUUUAUUUUGCGCUUCAGCAUGUGAUUCAGAAGAAUCACCUCGACGAUGAGACUUUGGCAAAGUUGAUAGCCAAGAUACCAACUAUCACGGCAGUUUGCAACUUGCAUGGAGAGAAAUUGCAGGUAUUUAAGCAAUCUCAUCCCGAUAUAGUGAACACACUGUUUCCUCCAUUAUACAAGGAGCUUUUCAACCCUGACUGUACCACAGUCUGCAAAUGAAGGGAAGCACAGAGCUGUCAUGUGGUUCUGGAAUACAUCACUCUUAAGGCAAAAGCAAUGAGCUUGUGAAGACUUAUGAAAAAUGUCACUACUGCAACACUAGGAAUGUCCUGCACUUAAUAGAAUUAUUUUUCACCGCUACAGUUUGAAGAAUGUAAAUAUGCACCUGAGUGGGGCUCUCUCUUUUUUUUUUUUUUGGAACUGACCAUAAAUAUACAAAUAUAGGACACUGGGUGUUAUCUUUUUUUAAUUUUAUUGGGGUAUGUUUUGGGAGACAACUGUUCAUAGAAUUUUAUUGUAGAUAAAAAAAAUGAGAACAGAGCGGUACCUUACAUUAUUACUCUUGCUGUUUAUUGUUCAGAUAUAAUUUAAGAAAAUUCCACUUAUUAGACUUACCUAUUUCUAUGUUUUUAGAUAGUUAAUUGCAUGUGGAAAUCUGUAGCUGUCUUGGAAAGUACUGUGCAUGUAUGUAAUAAGUAUAUAAUAUGUGACUAUAUUAUAUAUUACUAUUACUUAUACAUGCACAUAUACUGUGGCUUAAAAUCCCAUGCCUACUUGCAAAGGAUGUUCAGUCAGGCUUUCUUGUAUUAUUUACCUUCUGUGUAAUGUGUUAGCUUUAUGUUGGGCAAUCUGGAUUUUUGCUUUGCCAACCAGAGUUUAGCCAUCCAUGACCAAUGGCAGGAUGGUACCAAUGUUCUGAAAUUCAUGUACAAAAAGUAAUGGAUGCAAUAGACAGCCUCUAUACUAACAGUUCUUUUUGUAUCUAUGGUACAAAAGCCUUGUCUGGAAGGUUCAAAUGGAAAGUACAAUUUGUUUUUCCUGUUCUAAGAAUCUGUCAACUGAUAUUAUGGGAAUCUGUGGCUGGAAAAUUUUUUGACCCAACUGAAUAAAUAUUGGGCAUUUCCCACUAGAAAAUGCAACAUUUCCCCCCUAAAAUCUCUAAUUACAAAAGGAAUUUCUCCUUAGAGCAAAUUAUAACAUCAAAUGAGAAAUAUAGGCUAUGGAUAUAUGAUCACCAGCAAACUCAGACUCAUUAAAAAAAUUAUGUGACCAAUGAAAACACAGGGGUGUUGGUGCCAUCUUAUGCAAAUAUUUAGUUCUAGGAACUAUACAGGUGAAGCAAAGUAAUCUGAGUACCAGGCAGUGAAUCAGCUUUUGGGGUUCAAUAUUUUCAUAUAUAGGAAUGAGAGAGCUGUGAUAAAUGUGAACUUUAAUUUAUACAUGUACAUUCUGUAGUUCUGGGGGCUUCACUGUGCCUCUGACUCUAUUUCUCUCUCUCAGUUUCUCUAUUUCUGUCUCUGUCUCUCAAUCUUUCUCUGUCUCUUCCUCUCUCACUUUAAAACCUUCCCAUGAUAUACUAAAAGAGUGGCACAGUAACUGACUUGCUAUGAAAAAGUCUUAAAAAGACAUUGUAUUUUAGAAUUAGACUAUAUUUUAAAAACUAAGCAACUAAAAUAACAUCACUUUUUCAGUCUUUUAAAAACAUUAAAAGUAAAUUUCAUAAUACAUAAAAUCAGCCUAUAGACUAAACACACACACACACACACAAACACACACACACACACACACACACACACACACACACACACACACACACACACACUGUGGAGUAAGUGUAUCUGAAGGCCCCAUAAAUAUUACUUUCAGAAUCAGAAAAGUUGGCCUAGUACAUUAAUCCUCACUUCUCCCUUCAUGCCUGAUCAGAUUGUUCCACAGAAAGAAAAUAAAUUUCAAGUGAGUCUUCUAUGCCUGUAACUCUAUUGACUGAUCUCAAGGCAGAUCAGGAGAAGGGAGACUUGGUGUGCAAAAUAAUGAAAAUUUUGCCAUCCUUUUGUAAAUAAUAGAAGCCACCAUUUUAUCAAAAGAUGGCCUUUUCUCCUGGGAAGGGAAAGCCCUGCAGUAAUGGGAAUAAUGCCUGUGUCUUUUAAGCAGGUACACAGUCAGUAAUCAAUAGAAACUUGGAUUUUUAGCCCUUAGACUCUCCUGAGAUUAGCUUUCUCCAGUGCACAGAAGAAUUCACAGAUAAUCAGAAUGGUGGCAUUUGCCUUUUCCAGAUAGAAACUGGAGGCUUUUUUCCCCUAAUGAUUGAUGAAUUCCAAACCGAUAGGGGGAAACAAAAAAGGCUUUAAAAUAAUGAAUCUCAUUCUCAACUACUGUUAUAUUCAAUUAAUUUAACUACAUUGAACCAAAUUACCUUGGGUGUCGAAGAAGACAGCUGUAGAUGGCUUAUUAUGCUGCUACAGGGACUCAAUUCUUUUUGGCGUAAAUGUCACUCCUGCUAGCGCUUUGUAUAAAGAAUUAAUUCCAAGAGUCAUAUUUCCUUCUAAUGGAAAGAUUACUUUACUGAUUGCUAGGAAAACAGGGUAAUAGAAGGCACUCCAUUAAACCAAGCCGUUUCCAAAUGCAAUAGAUGUUUUAUGAUUGGCUUGCGAUAGGAAAGGCUCUAAGUGUCUGCCUGGUAUUUCCCUUUGAGCUUUGAACUUAUGUCAAACUUUGUUUUCCUAGUUCUGUUAUCCUAGUGUUUUCCAUUGUUGGCCUUUAAUUCUUACUCAGUUGCACUGGGAAUCAUGUGUUUCCUUCAUUUUUCCCAAGAGGUUUUUAAUUGACUCCAUUUAUGAAGAGGCAGAGUAUGUAUGUGUAUGUGUGUGUGUGUUUGUGUGUGUGUGUGUGUGUUUUUCCUCCCCUAGUCCCAUGGGUGAAUUUGUAGAAGGGCUGAUCCCUCACACUUGCCUCUAGAGAAGAUAGCUUUGAACUAGAGUAGUUUCCACAUUUCCUAGCAAAGUAUGAAACUUUAAAGCUGAUGGCUUUUUGUAGCUGUGGGAGAGGGACAAAAUCUGACUGACCCAUCAUACAUCCCACCAGCUGAGAUAAGAGACCAAAGGAAUCAGUACUCUGAUGUCCACUACAGGACCUGGAGAAAAUACUUCAAUUUUUUUACUAUAGAAGGCUGCGAAAAGCCAAAUCUGCCCCAGAGAGAAUCUAGUUGUGCUGUAAGUGGCACUGAAAUCUGUGAUACACCUUUUGAACACCUCUUCAAUACACAUCUGUGAAGAAAUCAACACCUGACACAAACAACUUUCUUUCCCUUAGACCCUAGCCAAUAGCUACAUGAUGUCCUAGCACUUUGUCCCAUCUCCAUAAGAAUCAACAAUUGUCAAUGAUAAAUUCAUGAUAUGAUGACCAUCAGACAAUGGAGACGCCUCGUUCUAUCCUUUUCACUUCAUUCUUUGUAAAUGACAAUCACUGCUUAAUGCAGAUGUUGCACUGUAUUCCACUCAGGGAUGUUUCAUUUAAAAAUUAUAUAUAUCUACAUCAAAAAAUAAGGGGAGAAAAAAAACAGGAAAGAAAUUUGACAAGCCGUAAAACAUACACUGAUAAGCGACUUCCCUUUUUUUCCCCACCAGACAAGACUUUCAGGCCAGCUAUUAGACACUACAUGAUUGAACUUGAAUUCACUGUCACUAUAUUCCUCAAUUCAUUGAAAAGUAUAAACAUCGUUGCCCAGAUAGCAUGCUGGGUAAAGACAGCUCAGCCCACUACUCUAUAGUUUAUUGACUAGCAAAAGAAACAAGCUGCCCUAUUAACAUCACAGCUUAUCUCCCAGUAAGACCAGGUUUAACAUACAGGACCUGAGCAAUGAUUUUGGGCAAUUGAUUUUGUCAGGCCAGGAAAUUGAAAUUGUGCUUUCCUCAGCUACCUGGUGGUAAUUUUAAAGGAGGAAGAGCAAAGGUUGAGAGGAAAAAUGGCAGAGUAAUCUAUUACAAACCUGGCUGAUCCUUUCUCACUGCCAACUAUCAGGGUGCCUAACCUGGGACUCGAGUCAAAACUUGGACAAAAAGUAGUUUUCCUAGCUAGCUUUAUGACUAAUUUCACUGAAGGCUUUUUAGGGUGUCAUUCCCAUGGGCCCAUGCUACUGGAUUCUUUUCGAGGUGAGACCAUUUAUUUAGAGUUGGGGAUUAUCUAGUCAAGUUCCAUUUUACAGAUAAGGAAAAUAAGGUCAAGAAGGAUAAAACAAUUUGUCCAAGGUCUCACCGGGCAGAGUCAGGAUUCAAACCUAAGUCUUAUAACUCCACAUUCAACACUUCAAAUCUCCUUGGCAAAUUCUAAGCAACUAGAUCACUUUGGUGGAAUCCAAGGCAACCGGGUACUAUGGUAACCCCAUUAUUAUUUACCGGAUGAUGUUAUAACAAAGAUCCAGUAUGCUUUUUUUUAUUGGUGAUUUCCAUUAAGAUUUAUCUCAUACUACUUAGAACUCUGCAGCAUUUCAAGCCAAACCCUAUAUGGAAAAAGAAUUUUUAGGCAACUAACUACCCAUGUGUCAAUGUAUAUGAGGCCAGAAUUCCAACAGAAUGCUAGCAUCCCAAGGACUGACUCUAAGCUUAUUGUUCAGUCAUUCAUUUGUGUCCGACUCUGUGACCCCAAGGACCAUAGCAUGCCAAUACCAUCUACGGAGUUCUUUUGGCAAGAAUACUGGAGUGGUUUGUCAUUGCUUUCCCCAGUGGAUUAAAGCAAAGGUUAAGUAACUUUCCCAGGGGUCACACAACCAGUAAAGUAUCUAAGGUCAAAUUUGAACUCGGGUCUUCUUGACUCCAGGCCCAGCACUCUAUCUCCUGGGCCACUCAACUGCCUCCAAGGCAAAUAGAAGUUAAGUGACUUGCCCAAGGUCACAGCUAGUAAGUUUCUGAGGUCACAUUUGAACUCAGAUCUUCCUGAUUCUGGGCCCAGUAUUCUAUCCACUGAGCCAUCUAGCUGACUCUAAGCUUGUCCACUGCUAAAGUGAUUAACAUGCUAGCCAGACUAAUUGAAAUACUACCUGGCAUUGUGGGAUCACAGACAACUUCUGUCCAUCUUUGCCUUUGUCGUAAGUAUUUCUGCCAUUCUGUUUAAUGUAGGAAGAAGAAUUCCCUUGCUACAGUAAAAACAGAAGAAAGAUUUAUUCAGUCCUUAUUUUCUUCAAGGGAUCUUUGUGUCCAAUGAGGUUAAUACUGCUGACAGUUAAUUCAGAAGCUGAUCUAUGUAUUUGCAUAUUCCAGGUCAUGCAAACAGACAACUACCUAGAAAGAAUGGCAGGCGACAUCAGUAGACAGAGCAGCAAUAACCUUUAAAGAAUUUGUUUGUAAUGAAAAUGUUUUGCACUCUGUCUCCUAUAAAACGAAGACAAAAAGCCACCAUCUGCCAGUGUGUUAGAUAUCUCUCCAAACCAUGAGAGGAAGCUAUUGCUGCUAAUAGAGGCUUCUACUGAAGUGAGGAAGCAUUUGGUUGUUUCAGGAAAUGGCCAUGGCCCUUGCUUAUUCCAGUGAUAUGGGCAAUAGUGCAGGCAUGAUCCAUUGAAAGUAGCAUUUUAUUCACUAUGUCCUGUUUCAAUGAACCCCCUCUAUGAAGACACAACACAGAAUCACAGUGGACAUGAUGGGACAUUUUUUUCUCUUUCCUUUUUGGGUCACCAUUUUGUCUCAAUGUUGGUAUAAUCCUGUUGGAAUCAGCAAAUUCCAACAGUCUAGAGAUAUAAGUAAAGACCAGAGAAAACAUAACGAUGACUUUUUGAUUUAAUGUUUACUACUAAAAAGCACUUCUAUUUGUCCUGAUUAGCUUCCCAGCUUAAUAAAACUUAGUAACUAGAUAUAUCAGGCAGCUUCUUCUGAGAUUCAAAUGCACUAGGUUUUGUUUGAGUGUGUUUUUUCUUUAAACGUGUCUGUGUUGGACUUUCCUUUUUUUUCUCUGAAGAUUUAACAAUAGGAUAAUACUCAUUUGGCCCUCCAUUGUUCUGAAGUGUGGACCUUGCAUUCCUGGGCAGCAGAUGGGGAUUUUGUUCAUGCACUUUUUUUUUUCUAAGCCUCUGAGUUACCUACCAAGUAAAUUGGCUAUGAUAAAUAAUCUUUGCCUCUUGCAUGACUAUACGUGUGACCUCCUGUAAACCAGAGAGUGCAGGUCAGUGAUUGUACUUGUGGCCCCAAUAAAGCGGAAGAGAAAACUGGA